AUGACAGGCCCCGUGAUUCCGAUCGCUAGCGAAAGCUCUGGCUCCAACUUCGUCCCGGCUUCAUCCACUCCUUCCCUACGUCCAAGCAACGCCGCGGUCACACCUCCCCCCUCCAGUGGUCAAUUGCCCAUCACCAUGUCGCUCUCCUCCGCUUCCAGCACUCUGCUGCGCACUUGCGCCCGCCAGCAGCUGCCCACCACCCGCGCCGUCGCCUCCUGCCAACAGCGGAGGGGAGUUGCGGAUGCGAAGGCGUCCUUCGACAGCCCCUUCGUUAACGCCCAGGAGCGUGGCUCUACCGUGAAGAUCCCCAACUUCAGCAAAUACAAGUCCAACUCCUCCCCUCGCUCCAACCAGGUCUUCUCCUACUUCAUGGCUGGCACCAUGGGCCUGGCCUCCGCUGUCGGUGCCAAGGCCACCGUCCAGGACUUCCUGGUCAACAUGUCCGCCUCCGCCGAUGUCCUGGCCCAGGCUAAGGUUGAGAUUGCUCUCGGUGCCAUUCCUGAGGGCAAGAACGUCAUCAUCAAGUGGCGUGGAAAGCCCGUUUUUGUCCGUCACCGUACCCAGGCUGAGAUCGACGAGGCCCGCGAGUCCAAGUGGGAGACUCUGCGUGACCCCCAGGCCGAUGAGGACCGUGUCCAGCGCCCCGAGUGGUUGGUCAUGCUUGGUGUCUGCACUCACCUUGGUUGUGUCCCCAUUGGCGAGGCUGGUGACUAUGGCGGCUGGUUCUGCCCCUGCCACGGCUCCCACUACGACAUCUCUGGCCGUAUCCGCAAGGGCCCAGCCCCUCUCAACCUGGAGGUUCCCCAAUACAGCUUCCCCGAGGAUGAGGUUCUCGUUAUCGGUUAA